CCCCAUCACCCUCCCCCCUCCAAAUGACUCUCUCCGUCUGCGUUUGUACGUAAACGGAGACGGUAACUGUAUGAGAACUUCGUUCGGUUCGACUCGUCCAUGAAACGGCGGUGACUCGGGCGGAUCAGCUUUAUUGGCUGAGUCACUACCGAGUCUCUGUUUUGUUAUUAAUUAUCUAAUUUUCUAUUUUUUCCCUCUUUAUCCUUCUCUGAAUUUGAGAAUUAAAGACGGAAAAUAAAAGUGGACAAAAAGGUGAUGAGAGGGAGCUUGUUGAUCCACCGUCGUGGUGUACAGAGGAUCCGGCAACUCGCCAUCUCGGCCAUUGGAUCGGUGAAGAUCAAGAUUCUGCUCUGCUGCUGCAUCGCUUUCACUCUUCUCGCGCUCGCCACUCGUGCGGCGUCUUUUAUGGGAUGGGCCGAUCACGCCGUGUCCCUCGAUCGGUUCUCUAAACCGCGGAAAGGAUAUACAAUUUUGAUGAACACAUGGAAGAGAUAUGAUCUCUUGAAGCAGUCCAUUUCUCAUUAUUCAUCAUGUGGCAGACUCGAGUCUAUACAUAUUGUUUGGAGUGAGCCUAACCCUCCAUCAGAUUCUCUUAAAGAGUUCCUCAACCAUGCUGCACAGUUAAACUCCAGAGGUAGGCAGAAAAUUGACUUGAGGUUCGAUAUCAAUGAAGAAGACAGUUUGAACAACAGAUUCAAAGAAAUCAAGGAUUUGAAGACAGAUUCUGUUUUUUCCAUUGAUGAUGAUAUUAUAUUUCCCUGCUCCACAGUGGAGUUAGCUUUUGAUGUUUGGCAAAGUGCUCCAGAUGCAAUGGUUGGAUUUGUUCCACGUAUCCAUUGGGUUGAUAAAUCGAAAGGCAAUGGGGAACACUUCAUCUAUGGUGGAUGGUGGUCUGUUUGGUGGACGGGGACAUACAGCAUGGUACUCUCCAAGGCUGCCUUCUUCCACAGGAAGUACCUGAGCCUUUACACAAAUGAGAUGCCAGCAUCAAUUAAGGAAUAUGUAUCAAGAAACAGGAACUGUGAAGAUAUUGCAAUGUCUUUUCUUGUUGCAAAUGCUACUGGUGCUCCCCCAAUCUGGGUGAAAGGUAAAAUAUUUGAGAUUGGAUCAACUGGAAUUAGUAGCUUGGGAGGUCAUAAUGAGAAAAGGACUCAGUGCGUUAACCGAUUCGUUGACGAGUUUGGACGAAUGCCCUUGGUGUCUACUUCUGUGAAGGCUGUUGAUAGUCGAAGCGCUUGGUUUUGGUAAUACUGUAGCUUCUCUACUACGUUUCAAUAGCUAGACUUCCUGUAUUUUUGUUAAAUCAGUGGAGACAUUCUGAUUCUUUUUGGUUCUUGAGAUCUGUAUGAUAUGAGGACUUUUUUACAUGGGAGUUAAUUUUUGUCUGGAAAAUCGAGAUUAUUUAGAGCAUCUGUGUAGACUAAUUUCUUGUACUUUUAGCAUGUAAGCACCGAGGAAACGAUAUAAUCUUUUCACACCCACGAUUAGAUCAAGAUGACGACACUGUGCUCUGUGGUCUUGUUUCUUGGAUAGAAUUUUGUUAUGUAAUGGUAGAUUAGCCAGAUUAUUUAUUGACGA